AUUCCCAUGGCUCAGAUUACCUCCUGGCUCAGUGCAGCGGCAGAAGUAGCGCACGCUCACGCCGCAGCGUCCGACUCACGCGCUCAGUCCGCGCUCUCCGCUCCGGCGUCUCCCCAUCACUCCAUCAGUCCGACUCGGUUGGAGAAGAUGACCGUGAUUCCUGAGCUUCCAUCUGCGAGCUUCACCUCCUCGCGCAGGGAAAAGAUGGACUGAAUCUCUCUUUUCUCUUUAAAUCGGGGAGACAGUCGACGCUCAGCACUCAUUCAAUUUUAUUCGUUUCUUUUUUUUAUCCACCCCCUCUCUCUCUCGCUCGCUCUCUCUCUCUCUCUCUUUGCGCAUUUUCUCAUCCCUUCCUUCGUUUAGUAGGAAACCUCACUCUUAUUCCAAACGGAAGGGAAUACCCGUGGCAUCGUUUUCGUUUCUGGCUCUGUAUUACUUUUCCCUUUUUCCUCUCUUAACAUGGAAAACAUAAAUGUGGAGACGGUGGAGAAGGAGUGUGACGCGCUUGGUGGACUCUUCCAGGCGAUUGUCAAUGACAUGAAGUGUUCAUAUCCGGUCUGGGAGGACUUCAGUGCCAAGGCUACCAAGCUGCAUGCCCAGCUCCGAACCACCGUGCUUGCAGCAGUGGCUUUUCUGGAUGCCUUCCAAAAAGUGGCAGACAUGGCAACCAACACACGAGGUGCCACCAGAGACAUUGGCUCAGCGCUGACCAGGAUGUGCAUGCGUCACCGCAGCAUCGAGGCCAAACUUCGCCACUUCACCAAUGCUCUUAUGGAAAGCCUGAUCACUCCCCUACAGGAGCGGAUUGAGGACUGGAAGAAAACAGCCAAUCAGCUGGAUAAAGACCAUGCCAAAGAGUAUAAACGAUCUCGUCAUGAGAUAAAGAAGAAAUCUUCCGACACAAUGAAACUACAGAAGAAAGCAAGAAAAGAACUGCAGGGCCGUGGAGACCUGCAGCCUCAGUUAGACAGCGCCAUGCAGGAUGUGAACGAUAUGUAUUUGCUGAUGGAGGAGACAGAGAAGCAGGCAGUACGGCGCGCCCUGGUGGAAGAAAGAGGACGCUUCUGUACUUUCAUCAGCUUCUUGCAGCCAGUAGUGAAUGGAGAGAUUGCCAUGCUGGGAGAGAUCACACAUCUGCAGGCUAUUAUUGAUGACCUCACUGUGCUAACAACUGAUCCCCACAAACUGCCUCCUGCCAGUGAACAGGUGAUAAAGGAUCUGAAAGGUUCUGACUACAGCUGGUCCUACCAGACCCCUCCAUCUUCCCCAAGUAGCUCCGGCUCUAGAAAAAGCAGCAUGUGCAGCAGUGUGAACAGCGCCCACAGUAGUGCCUCUCGCUCAUCGGGAGGCUCGCAAACUCAUUCACCCAGUUCAUCCUGUCGCUACCGCAGCCUGGCACAUCCACCUCCAGGAGGUGCCCACCGCCUCAGCAGUGUCUCCUCUCAUGACUCGGGCUUCAUCUCUCAGGAUGCCAACAUCUACUCCAAACCCCCCUCACCCAUGCCCUCGGACAUCACCAGCCAGAAGUCGUCAAGUUCAGCAUCUUCAGAGGCCUCGGAAACAUGUCAGUCAGUGAGUGAAUGCAGCAGUCCUACAACAGAUUGGUCCAAGGCAGGUUUACAUGAGCAGUCAGCAGCCAACACGCUCCAGAGGAGGAAGGAGACGAGAGAAUCAGAAUUAUCGCCCCAAUCUCAAGGUUAUGCUGGCGUGCACCCUGAUGAUCCCCAGAGGCCCAGGAUGAACCCUGCAACCAUUGCAGCUAAGCAUGGUGAGGAGGUGUCCCCAGCAGCUAGUGACCUGGCCAUGGUACUUACUCGUGGCCUCAGUAUGGAGCAGCAGAAGAGCAGCAGAGACUCACUUCAAUACUCUAGUGGAUACAGUACACAGACGACCACACCUUCAUGCUCUGAGGACACUAUUCCCUCUCAAGGCUCUGAUUAUGAUUGUUACUCUGUUAACGGUGACACUGAUGCUGACGGUCAGUCUGAAUUUGAUAAAUCGUCCACAAUUCCACGCCACAGCAAUAUUGCUCAGAACUACCGCCGCAUGAUUCAGACCAAACGGCCAGCCAGCACAGCUGGUUUGCCAAGUGCCAUGGGUGCUCAGGGAGGCUCUGGGGGUGGUGGAGGAUUGGGCACUCCCGGCACUGCUACCAUCCGCCGAACACCAUCGACAAAGCCUGGUGUGAGACGCACCCUCUCCAAUGCAGGUCCCAUCCCUAUCCGGCCACCCAUUGUGCCCGUUAAGACACCCACCGUUCCUGACUCAUCCAGUGGGUACCCUGGGCCUCCAGCGCGUGUGGGCAGUGAGGAAUGUGUGUUCUACGCAGCAGAUGAUGCCUCUCCUGCUGCUCUGGAGUAUGUGAAGGCUUCACCGAAGCGCCUGAGCCUGCCCAAUGCUGCCUGGGGCACAGCUGGUGCCGAGAUGAGUGUAUAUGGGCAGCCGGGAGAAGAAGACCAGUUGCUAGCCGCUAACCGCCACAGUCUGGUGGAAAAAAUUGGUGAGCUGGUGGCCAGUGCUCAAGCCCUGGGAGAUGGCCAGUACCCUUUUCCCUCACUGGCACCGGAGGGCCAGACCGAUACACAGAGUAAAUGUCCCCCGCAGGAAGGAGAGGACAUGCUGGUAUCUAUCCGUCGCGGCGUCCGACUGCGCAAGACCGUCUCCAAUGACCGUUCAGCGCCACGCAUAUUGUGACAGCUAUUCGAGAGAUAAAUGAAGGUGCAGUUUAAAAAAGCACUCUGCGCUGACUCUGUAGAGAACCACAUACGAAAAGAAGAGGAUUAAAAAAAUUCAAUUCAGUGUUUAAAAGAAGUCGUAAAUAACGAUCAUGAGAAAAAAAUAGAAUUAAAAUUCUAAAUAACAACAGGCUCAGGCCACUGUAACUUGUAGCGUGUCUGGACGCAUGUUUGUCAUAUUAACACUACCCAUCAUGGCAGAAUAGUCAAGCUCUAGCAAGAACAAGGAAUCAGCGCAUUAGUGGACAAAACAUUUCCUAAUUCUGGACGCCUGGAAUUUAGUGCUGGAAAAGCUCGUCUAAUGAAUAGAGGACGGUCGGGAUACACAGUCUCAUAAAGAAACUCUCCCUGUAUUUCGCCCCACUCCCACCUCCAGCUCUGCGUUGUCACACUGCCAGCUGAAACAACAGCAACAGAGCUGUCUGUGAUUGGUCAGUGUGACUGUUAAUCAAGCUGAAGAUGAGCAGGGCUCUGCUGCAGGUCAGCUUGUGGUUUUGGAAAUGAUCUUUUAGCAAACCUGUUUUUGUUAACUUUUUGGUUUGAUUCUAAGCAAAUAAUCUGCAGAUCCAGAAAUUGAUGGUGUGUAUAUCAGGUGUAUGUAUUUUUUAGAACUGACCUAAAAAAUGCCAAUAUUAUGUGGAGCAAUAAUCUUUCUGUUCAACAGUUGGAGAAAGACAUAAUUCUAAAAAUAGUUUUUAAUGCAUGUAGAUGCAAAGGUUGUAGACAGGGCAAAGCCUUGGUUAAUUUGGCUCUAGGUGUGAAAAUAGUGGAAGGAAGGAGACAGAGAAGCAAAUAGGAAUCCAAGCACUUUGAAGACACAGUGUUGGCCAUUAGGGGUCAGUGUGGCUGCACUGUGAACAGGAAAUACUGUAGUGGAGAAAGAGCUGCUUACCCUAAAGCAGCGACCAAACUCAGGGCAUGUAGGGCUAAAGUCCAGCACAGUUUGGUGAUCUUUUAUAUGUUGUUCAAGGAAAUAACAUAUUAAACAAUAUCAUUUUUUAAUAUAAAAGAAAAUGUUUAUUUUACGGCUGUCUAGGACCUGCAAAGAGAAGCAAUUGAUGUAGCCAAAGAACUGAAAAACCGUUACAACAAGGAUGGUCUGAUUUAGUAAAAGUAUAAAAUUCAGUUGUUUAUAACCAACUUUCUAUCACACACAAAUCCUAGCAGAAAUUCUAACAGAAUGUUUAAGACAUUUGUAAACAUUCAUAAACUUCAGUGAUAAUGUUGCUAACAGUGUUAGCACAGCUAGUGUUUACCAUGACAGGAUUUCACAAAGGAUAAAAUAAUACUGACAAAUGUUCAUAAUUUAUAAUUCUGGGGCUAGUCAGCUGUUUAACGCGAGAUAUGGGAUUUUUUAAAUGGAUUUUAAAAAUAAAGUCAAAUAGAAAAUGGAUAACACUGGGGCUAACAUAUGAUUUGACAAGAUAUGUUUAGAUCUCUUUGAUUGUUAAUGUAGGAGCCCUGAAUGCCACACUAACGUGUUUGAAAGGCCUGUUUUAAGAUCCGACAAGUGAAUAAGUCAUUAUGAAGUUAAUAAGAAGAGAGUUGCAGUAAAAAACAACAACAACAACAACAACAAAUCCUAAAGAGAGUUGCAGUAGGUGUAUUAGCAGAUUAAAUCACCAAACUGGACUGACCUCUGGCCAUACACAGCUACAGAUAAGCAUCCUCGCCCUAACAGAUGGAACAGAGAAACAGAGGAAGAAAUGGCAUGAUAGUAAAAAGAGUGAAAAAGUAAGUGAAUCAGAUGUGCAAAUGAAAGAGUAACUUUGGGUGGUAAGUGAUUUUUUUUAUCUCUUCUUUUUUAACUCUUCUAAAUUGAGAAAUUAUCUUUUUUUAUUUUUAACGAAUUGAGGUGAGUUGAUCUCACCUUUAGAUCCUGAGCCUCCAACCACGCUGCUCUGACUCAGCUAGAAGUUCUGGAGGUUGGUAAAUGAGCUGAGAUGAAGGCACAAACCUGGUAGUCGUAUGAAAACGAAAGGAACGAGUCGAUGUAGAGUCGCAGAGAGAGAAGAGGAUGAGAAAAGGAUAGAAGGCAAAAGAUAGACAUCUAGUGCUUUAUGAUGUGAGCAUUCCACUGCCUGAUCUAGAAAAUAGGACACGUUAUGAAAUAAAACAAUGUGGCGUUUUAUAAAAUAUCGCAUGGACGCAGCGGUUUCCUGUGAGUACCCAUUUCAAAUUGUGACCGAAAAGAAUGCCUUUUGGGGUUGGAGUGGAUAAUAGGUGGCCAAAACACUGUUUUAGUCCUGUAGUAUCUGUCUGUGAGUGACCUUCUGUGCUCCCAUGGUUCACUAUAACCCCCUGCCGUCUUGCAUAGUUCUGUCGCUCGAAAUGACCACUACAUGUGCGACUAAAUGGACACGUAAUACUUAUUAAUAUUUUCUGUUUGUUUCGGGAUUAUUUAUUUUGCAUAAAUAGAGCACUCUGUUUUAGGAAUGCCUGUCUUUUAGGAAAAAAAAAAUGUGUAUCUGCUUUGCAAGAGUGUAUAAGACUGUACCACAGGAAUGGUGUGAGAAGGGCACAAGAAUGGUAUUACAUGCCAGGUGCAAUGAUGAUCACUCUUUCAGGAAGUACAGUACAGCUCUGUAUAUAUUAUCACAUAUAUACAGUAGAAACAUAUACUACACAGGAGGUGGAAAAGGUGUAACUGUACUGCUGAUACUGGUUAAAAUCACAUCUGACACGUUGUCCGGAAGUUUAGGGGAAGGGAUAAAAGUAAAGGUCAAAUCUGUGACAGCAAUACAGCAGAGUUUCUAGUCAAAGGAGGAAAAAAACAACCAUGUCUAAUAAUAAGUCAGUAUUUGUAGACUGUUUGAAUGUGUAACAUGCUAAUUUCUUGUGCUUACAUUGCUCUGAUAUUUUAUACUGACCCAGAUAUGAACCCAUGCAGUGAGUGUGAGCAAGAACAAGGGAGGAAAAAAGAUGAAAGGAAGAAAACAGAGUGAAUAAGGAAGAUACAGUGGGGAUGCAAAACAGCGAAAUGUAGCAGACAGGAAAGUACCUAGACAGGAAUGAUUAAAUGGCACCGGGAAAUGGAGACAGAGCCAUGAACAAACAAAUUAAAGUAUCUGUAACGGUGUCAAAUUCAUUCUUUUAGUUAAUUUUUUUCUUGCACAUCCAGAUUUAAAUUAUUUGAUAAGUGAAAUUGAUAAAUAUACAUAUUAGAGACCUAGAUAGCUGAUGAAGUCGUUGUGUACAUGGAUUCUCGAAUUGCUUCCACGCUGCGCUAUAAAACAAGUAGACACCUGUGAACGAAACAGAAUAUUAAAUACAGAAGUAUGUUGUUGUGCAAAGACGUUUUUAAAAUGUUCUUUAAUUGCAUCAAAACGUUAAAUGUGCAUCUGCUACAGUAUAUAGUUGAUAAUGUAUUUUCCAGCAUUUUUAGAAGUUAGCUUGAAAACGAUCUGAAAGUUUUAGCUAGCUAUCUUAGCUUGCUAGUUUAUUUGCCCUCAAUUGUAACUACAAUAUGCUUGGCAACAUAAUGUCUGGCAGUUCUAGGAGUUGUUUAGAGGGCUGUAAAUAUGUGACAUUUUGGAAAAAAUAGUCACUUACAUGAGUGUUUGUGAGUGGAUUUCACAUGGUCACACUAUUUCAUGGACUCAGAUAGUGAGAUUAAAAAAAAAAAACUCAUAGAAGCUUUGGCUUAAAAAUCUUUAGUGAGUAUGCACCACAUGCAUUAGUAUUUGCACCCUCUAUUGGCUAUACAGGUUUCUAAUAUGUGUAACAGUGGUUGAAUCGGGUGUGUUAAUGUCUGAAAAAAUCUUAAACCGGUUAGUGCUGUGCUCCUCAAAGAAAGAUGAUUUAAAAAAUUAUAUUAUAACAUAUUAUAACGAUUAUAACAUGCUUCCUUUCCUACUUCUUUCUCUUCUUCUUCUUCUCCUUCUUCUUAAGCUCACUGCUGGAAAAUCUAUGAAAAAAUAAUUAAAACCUGAAAAUUUGCCAUUUUUCUAUUGAAAGUGUUGUCAUCGGAUUGAAGUGAAGGUGUCUGAAGUGACAGGCAGGUACAUACAGAAAUAUUUCAGCACCUAGCCAUUAGCCUAAAGAGCCCAGUUAAAAUGAGUCCAGAGUAUGAGUUGUUCAAAGCAACCCUCAGUUUGUCAACUUUAAGCGCACAAAUGAAAAAUGAGCACAGAAAAGCAGUGUGGAAUAUCUAGAAUACUGCACUUGCAUGGCUGAAAGACCAAAUCAUUCAUGUCAUUCGACCUAAUGUGACAUACUCACUUUGUUUAUCCAGCCUGUCCAUAAAACCAGAAUUGUUUAGCUCUUUUCAGCAUAUCGCAUUAAAUCACCCAUUUCUAAUUUGAUUUGCCUACAUGCACCACUGCGUCACAGUAUCAAAACUCCAUUUCAGACGAAAAAAACACUGCUAUAUUAAACUCGUGCAUGUAUUAUGCAACUAAAAUGUGAACCAGAUCUGCUAGAAGCAGUGAACAAGAAGGGUCUGUGUAUAACUAAUUCAGAUAAAUUGGAUGGAAUCCAGGCUAUUGGCACUGCUGAACUAAACCGUCACUCAGCACACACAGGCCCAAACUCACACUUGCUGUAUCUCCUGUCUUGGUACUCAGGUGACUCACCUGUCUAUCUUUUCCUAUUCUCUAACAGAGCUCUUUGCAUCAUUCAACAACUCAUUCAUUUCCACCAUAGGCCGUGCUUGUUAAAAUUCCUUCUUCAUGCAUUAUUCAUAUGCAGCCAACAGUCAAACAUCCAUCUUUUUAUGCUAUUAUUUCUUAUUUUCUAUGCUAGUACAUUUUAAACAGCGCACUGAUUGUGGCUGGUGUGACUGAGCUACACGCUGUUUCUGCAUGAGACGCUAAUGAAAUCCUUCUGAUGAAAAUUGAUAUCCUGAGUUAGCACGGGCGAAUGAGUGAAGUUCUGUUCUCACUUCAUUUUUAUGUCUUUGCCAAAUCCAUCAAUGGCUUGGGAUCUGAACUUUAGCAACCUAUUCCACUGUACAUAAACUAUUGUAGACUACAGUCGGUGGUGCAAAACACUUUACAUUUAUUGCAUUUGGCAGACGACCUUAUCCAGAGCGUCUUACAUUUUUCAUCACAUUUUAUACAACUGAGCAACUGAGUGUUAAGGGCCUUGAUCAAGGGCCCAGUGGUGGCAGCUUGGUGGACCUAGGAGUCUAGCUAACAACCUUCCAAUCACCUCAACCACAAAGCCACCACAUCCCCACAUCCUACAUGAUAGUCUGCUUUUGCUGGCAUGCAUCUGUACAUAAAUACAGCUUUCUUAAUAACUGUGCUUCUUUUUCUUUUUUUUUCUUUUUUGCUUGUUUUUGCAAAUUGCAACACAUUCUUAGCCACAAACGUGUAUGAAAAUAACCAACUGUAUAAUGUUCAGUUAUACAUGGAAAUGUUUGAUAAAAGCACAUUCAUUAGUACAAAAAUUCCUAAUGAAUUUAUUUCAUAUAAACAUUGCAAUUUUCCGUUUCUUUACUUCCCAAAAGCAGUGUCCAUUAGCAGUGCUCGUGCAGUUACAUUAAUGCUUGUGACUUUAUUUCCCCAGCGGUUUAAAACGAGUAGCUGCAGUUCUGUGGGGGGAAAAAGCUACAUAAAUGCUGUGGAAGUCUAGGAAUCACUCAGCCUUGCCCAAACUAAAAGUGCAGCGUCUUUCAUCCACCUGGCCUUUCAUUGCUCAUCCUAUUUCUGCUGAAGGCCUGAUUUAUGUGUAUAAUGCCCACUCGUUCUUACCCACUCAUACUCAUGCUCAGAAAUAUCAGCCAUCAGUGGAACCUAUGCUUCCUCUUGUCAUUAGCGCUGCCAGACAGACAGUGUGAUGCAAGCAGGUACCAUGGCAACCUGGCGCCUUUCUGUCUUCUGCACAAAACCUCUAAAUUACUUGUUUUUAUUUUUUAUUUUUUUUUCUUUCUUCAGAAAAAAAAGAAAACUGUCCCUUUGACACUUCUGACCACUCGGAUACUGCAUCAGUGUGACCUGACCUUAGCCACUGUCCUUAAAUCACUUUCCUAGUUCUCAUACUUGUGAAGAGAAUAAAGUGUGCGUUUUUAGUUAUUAUUUAAUUUAAUUUUUGUGUACAAAACCCCCGCAAUUCCUCCAAUGGAGUCAAGUAAGACUACAGGUGCUCUCGUCUCUGUUCUGCUUCUAUAUCUCUGUCCUUUUCACGUUAAUUUAUUGUGUUGGUUUUUUUUCUUUUCUGAAGCUAAUCUGCCUCUAUUGCUGAUGACAAAUAUUCCUUUUUUGUAAGAUUUAUUCUCUUCAUUUUGUUAACUUUAGUCACUGCUAUUGUAACAAAACGCACUGUGAUGAUCCCAGUAUUAAUAAAAAUUGUACUUAAGCUGUA